GCCCAGCCCUGAAGUAAAGUAAAAGACAAAAGAAAACGCAGUCAGGAAAUUGUUUUACAAGUGCUUGUUGCUAAAGUUUUACUUAAAAUUUCAAUUUGCUGCGAGCGAUAGCCACCAAAAAUGACUACCGCCGCCCGACCGACCUUCGACCCAGCUCGCGGAGGCAGUGGCCGUGGCGAAAAGGAUCUUAGUGCCUUGUCCAAGCAGUACAGCAGCAGAGAUCUUCCUUCCCAUACCAAGCUGAAGUAUAGAGAUCCCGGUCAGGGAACCUCAGAAGAACUGCGCAGCCGUGACUUCCGCGACGAGCUAGAGAAACGCGAACGGGACAAUAAAUCCGGUGGCAAGGCCGGUCCCUCUGCUCCACCGUCUUCGAUAGUACGCAGAGCCAUAGAAUCCAACAACGCUAGCAGCAGCAACAAGCGCCAAAAAGUCGACGCCGGUCCACAGAAUCUGGAUGCGGACGAUCCGGUUGAUAGCGAAAACUCUGACUCCGAUUCGGACGAAGAUGACACGGCCGCUCUGCUGGCUGAGCUCAAUAAAAUUAAACGCGAACGGGCCCAGGAAGCUACGAAGAAGGAGCUGGAGAAACGCCAGGAAGAGGAACGCAUUCGAAUGGAGAAUAUUCUGUCCGGUAAUCCGCUACUGAAUUACGCUUCCACCGCGAAAGCCGAGCUGAAAGUCAAACGGCGAUGGGACGACGAUGUGGUGUUCAAAAAUUGCGCCCGAUCCGAACCGGAGAAGAAAGGCAGCCAGUUUAUCAACGAUUCGCUGCGAUCCGAGUUUCACAAAAAGUUUAUGGAUAAGUACAUUAAGUAAGUAGGGUAACGAUAUCUUAAAUUUUUCUGUAUAAUGUAUUAGACUAUUGUAACGUGA